GCUAGCCUCCUAAAUCUACCCAGGAACGAGCUGAGUUCCCUUUCCUCUCUCAGACAUGGGCACACCGCAGAAGGAUGUUACUAUCAAGUCAGAUGCACCUGACACCCUACUAUUAGAGAAGCAUGCAGAUUAUAUUGCUUCCUAUGGCUCAAAAAAAGAUGAUUAUGAAUACUGUAUGUCUGAGUAUUUGAGAAUGAGUGGCAUCUAUUGGGGUCUGACCGUAAUGGAUCUCAUGGGACAACUACAUCGCAUGAAUAGAGAAGAAAUUCUGACAUUUAUAAAGUCUUGUCAACAUGAGUGUGGUGGAGUAAGUGCUAGUAUUGGACAUGAUCCUCAUCUUUUGUACACUCUUAGUGCUGUUCAGAUUCUUACUUUGUAUGAUAGUAUUGAUGCUAUUGAUGUAAAUAAAGUUGUGGAAUAUGUUCAGAGUCUACAGAAAGAAGAUGGUUCUUUUGCUGGAGAUAUUUGGGGAGAAAUUGAUACAAGAUUCUCCUUUUGUGCAGUGGCAACUUUGGCUCUAUUAGGGAAACUUGAUGCUAUUAAUGUGGAAAAGGCAAUCGAAUUUGUUUUAUCAUGUAUGAAUUUUGAUGGUGGAUUUGGCUGUAGGCCAGGUUCUGAAUCUCAUGCUGGGCAGAUCUAUUGUUGCACAGGAUUCCUGGCUAUUACUAGUCAGUUGCAUCAAAUUAAUUCCGAUUUACUUGGUUGGUGGCUCUGUGAAAGACAGUUACCAUCAGGUGGACUCAAUGGAAGACCAGAGAAGUUACCAGAUGUAUGCUAUUCAUGGUGGGUGUUGGCUUCCCUAAAGAUAAUUGGAAGGCUUCAUUGGAUUGAUAGAGAAAAACUGCGUAGUUUCAUAUUAGCAUGUCAAGAUGAAGAAACAGGAGGAUUUGCAGACAGGCCAGGAGAUAUGGUAGAUCCUUUUCAUACUUUAUUUGGAAUUGCUGGAUUAUCACUUUUGGGAGAAGAACAGAUCAAACCUGUUAGUCCUGUGUUUUGCAUGCCUGAAGAAGUACUUCAGAGAGUGAAUGUUCAGCCUGAACUAGUGAGCCAGAGUCACUGAUAGAAAAGUUGCUCUACUAUAGUUUCAAAAUCUCAACAUUUCUGUAUUUGAAGUCCUUAUCAGACUUAAAAAUGAUUACUCAUAUUUUAUAUAUGAAUUGUGUUAAUAAACUAUGUAAUUAUAUAUAUUGUAAAAUAAAGACCUUUAUUGUAUCUUAAGCUCUAGAUUUUCUUCUGGAAUGCUGUUAUUCUGAGUACAGUAUUUUGUUUAUGCAUCAGUAUAUUUCCUGUUUGUGUAACAGCAGAUUGAGUUUUGAGAAAUAAUUAGCUGAAAAAUGUCUGGUGUACUUAAUUUUCCCAUGUUCUCCCUUCAUAUGUUAUAUAAUGACAGGCAAUAUAAAUCAGUGUCAAUGAUAGUGUCAAUAGAUAAAAAUUGAUAAACCCAUGUAAAUUAAAAUAUGCACAAAAAUUAAUGGCUGUUGUGAUUUGGGAAAAUUUAUAAGUAUAUUAGUCACAAAGUAAUUUAGGUAAAUGACAUUUAUCUUAGAAUAAGAUUGAUUGCAGUCUCGACUACACUGUUCUUAACAUUUUGUCAGAAUGCUGGCAAAUCCACCAAAUGGUUGGCUUUUUUUUUUUCCUCUACCAAUAAGGAUACAGAAGCUAUUUGCCACGAUAUUUUUUGAACUUGUGUUUUCAGAAAGACUAAAAUGAACUCAACUGUUCUCUUAAUGGUUUUGCAUUCUUGGUGAAAAUAAAGUAUCUUAGUGAACGUU